GUACACUACUGGCUCUCAACAACAAUUGUCAGAUGUUAGCAACGUUGAAAUCUACGAACAUUGUUUAUCAGGACACGACAAAAGUAAACUUUUACGAAAGGCUUUGACGAAUAUUGAGUCUGUAACAAUGCCUGACACUCAAAGUAUGACGAAUAAGAAGGAAAGGCGGAAACGAAAAUUUGAGGAGGCUUCUCCUUUUCUUCAAAUUUUAGUAAUGAAACGUCAGGAGCUUAUAAAUGUUAGCGAAAACCACCAGCUACAAAUUUUACACUAUACAGAAAUGAACAAUUACGGAGUUUUUUCCUAG